AUGGGGAUCCUCCUUAUCAGUGCGCGCUUGCCAGCACGGGGCCAGCUCUACCUGGGCAAGAGCCUCACGGAUCUGCGGCCACAGGAGAGCGGCGUGCAGCUGGUUUUCGGGUAUGACACGGUCCAUGCGAAAGAGGUGAUGCUGAACCUCCCGCGGACGCCUUUCUUGUCACUGCCCACGCUCAGGCAAGCGAUCCCAAACCGCACGAUCGGCAUGGCCAAGUGCGUCAAGUUUGACCUGCCGACCAAGUUCUUCCCAGCCGGCAGCUUUGAGCUGGGGAAGAGCCUCACAAAGGCCUACGCGUUUUACGAUGACGCAUGGUGGAUUACCAGGCUGAAUCAGUCCGCCGGUCAGCUUCCUGCAAAUGCCUUCAUGCCGGUCAACACGAGCGAGCACAUUCCCAUCGGCAUCCACUUCAACGACGGACCGGUUCGCUGCGAUAAGCCCGGUGUCAACUGCCGGGGAUUCCUCGAGGUCUACUACUCCACCGUGAAUGACGAGGACUUCUUCGAAUCUCUCCGGCCAAGCACCUACGAGCCCCUGGGCACGCUGACGCCGGACAAGGACAGCACUGGCAAGCUUCCGAGGCUGCAUGCAGCCGUGAUGGAGGCGACGAAGAAGCUCUUCCAGAAGAAGAACGCCACCCAGCCCCAGGAGCCUCCAUCCCUGUUGGUCGUGGGCGUUUGGGAUCGCACCGGCUCGGGCUACACCGCACCCACGAAGGUCUACUACAGCACGGAUGCCUCGAAUCCCGGAGGCCCCGACCCACUGGAGAAAGCCUGCGGCGUUGCCGGCCUCACCGAGAAGGAGUACCGGGACUCCCUGAUGUUCCCCAUCCCGAACCGCACGGACAUCUCGCUGGCCAACAAUGACUGGGUGGCCCAGACGACGGAGACCAUGUUCGGCGACUGGGCCGAGGAGAGCCUCCUGCAGGCGGAGCGGGCCCUUCGCGUGAAGGGCAUGGACCGGCCCACCUGGUUGGACCAGGCCUUCGGGGGCAAUUCCAGGCUGGAGAACUCUGGCUUUUGCUGGUUCAGGGACUCAAGGUUCUAG